AUGCAGCCCCUGCCGUUCGAGAAGGCGAUACUGCGCAGAUUUGUGCCGACCUGGCAGGAGCUGGUAUGCCAACACAUCGCCCAGGGAGUGCUCACGCGCGCCGAUUUGUCCAUAGAGAAAUGCCGUAAGCGACGGGCAAAGGGGGCGGGGCACCGCAAAGGUGUCACCAAUGCCCUGCUCAUACUCUCGCCGGGCACCGACUGCAGUAGGCUGCUCUUUUACCUCCUGCUGUACGUCGUCAACCCGCUCCACGUCUACGACAGCGAUGCCUCCGAGUGCAGAGUGGAGGUCUCGUCCGACCUUCCACGCCAGCAACCGCCGCUGUGCCUGCAAAAUGCCGAGUUGGCACUGCGCUCACGCAAGGUGUACCACGGCAUUUUCGAUCUGGCCUCAGGCGACGGUUGUGAUGCAGCUGAUGGUAAUGGGACUAUAAUACCGCAUGUAUUUCAGAACCUGAAGCUGCGCAGUGCUGUGGAGGUCGGCAACAGGCUCAUCCUGAUCUUAGGUCUCGGGCACCAGGAGGCGGUGUCAACGGCGAGGCAGUUCGCACAUCUCGUCAAGAACCUAUGCCACAGCACCUCGGAAACGCCGAACAACAUGUGCGUGAAAAUACCGCAGCCGAGGUUCAUCGACGGGACUGUGGUCGCCCAAGAAAGGGAGAAGAUGUACAUAGAGGGGGGCAUCUUCGGGCUGCCACCGCGCAUUCUCCUGGUAGAUCUGCUGACUGCGAAACUGGCGCCUGAGCUUGUUAGCGGGAUAAUUAUCGUGAACGCGCACCGCAUGAUGCAGGACUACAACAUACCUUUCCUGAUCAAACUGUUGCGGACCAGGAACCGGCUGGCGUUCAUCAAGGCCAUGACGGACAACGUCGUCUCCCUGCGCGAAGGUAGAAAACUGAGCUUCAUCCUGAAGUCGCUGUUCACCGCCGACUGUUUUAUAUUCCCGAGGUGCAGCAGCUGCUACGACAGGGUGCUCAACGACCCCAGCGUGCAGCCGGAGACGUUCGAGAUGAGCAUGCACCUCAGUGAUGGUGCCAAGCAGAUUCACCAGGCGAUCGUACAGGUGCUGCAACGACUGGUGGCGGAUAUGCAGCGGCAAGGCUCGCAAGAACUGCAGAAGCUGGAUAUGAACACGAUCAUGUACACCAACAACGUGAAGACGCUGCUGGUGAACGCACUCCAGCGGGCGCACAUACCCAACGAGUUCCACGUCAAGCGCACAAUGAUGAGCAUCACUAACCUUCGCAUGCUUCUAGACCAGCUAAUCAACAUGGAUGCGCUCAGCUUCCUCAACUUCGCUGAGGAUAUGAAGAUGGCGGAAAGCGAGUCGCAUUGGCUGUGGACACCGCUGGGUGCCACCAUAUACAAGCUGGCCACAGCGCGCGUAUACGAGCCCAGCAACGACACUGAGGCCGGCCUGAAGGUCAACAUGGAGCUGGACCAGAAGGGCGAGUGCAUACGCCGCAUCCUAGGCGGCAAGUACGUGGGAUGUGAGGAGUUGGGAGAACUUUUGCGCACCGCCAUGAACUGGCACGCUUCUAAUCGGCCGUUUAGGGGGCCUUCACGGUACAAGACUGCGCCCCCGCGAGUGAAUAUAUCUCUUCACUGGCGACGACGUUGCCUAUGUAGGCGUGAGGCAAGGCACAUUAGGCGCAUAUGCCGCUUCUUCGAGUGCGGAGGUGUGAUCUCGAGGAGAGCUAUCGUGGUUACGGAUAACAACUUCCUGCAAUCCCAUCUCAACUCAAGCCUCACAAUGUCGCUUAAAAUAUACAACGAACGGAAGUUCAUGGUGUACGCCGCGAGGCGUGCGGAUCGCUUUGAAUACGCAGACCAAGAGGAACGCAAGUUUUCCGGCUACGCGCAGGCGCAUUUCCACCGCAGCAUGGUCAACAGCCGGAAGGAGACUGACAAGCUGCUGCAUAGGUUUGUGGUGUGGUCCAAAUACAACGAAAUAUACCAAGCACAUAAGGAUCGCAAUGGCGAGGGCAGCCCUGAGGGUCAAAAGGAUGAAAUUGCACUCGAUGAUGGUGAGUCAACGGUAGAUGCAGUUGGCACCUAUGGAGAAAUGGUGGAUGCUGCCGGAGACUUCGCCUCAGCCGAUGUUGAAUUUGGCAACCCAAUCACUCUUGAUGAGGCUGCAAUGGAUUCCCCUGCAGAGAGCGCGGAGUCCGAUUCAGAUAUUAAGGCAGCGCAGAAGGUAACCAGCAGCUUCACCAUACCCACAACAGACAACACCUACAUGCUGACGAUAAACAUAAGCAAGAUGGUAAACUGCAAAGCCAGGGUAAUAAACGUAUCGCAAUCGCAAACAAGAAGUGAAAUGCUCAAAGGGAUCAUGGAGCGAAAACUGCUCUCUGAUGAUGCCGAUGAGCCAGUGCCAUUAAACUGUUCGCAUCAGGAAUUCUUGUACGUGUUACAACGCCUAAACCCCACCGUUGUGGUGGUUUGUCGCCCCAAUGUUAAAGUGUUUCGAGUGAUCGAACAGUAUUGUGCGCUCAGGGCCGCGUCGGGGCAGCGGGUAUGCCUUAGAGUCUACGUACUGUCGUACCGCGACUGCAUCGAGUCGCACAAAUUCGCACGUGACCUUAAGCACGAACUGGGGUGCUGGAAGGACAUACAGCAGGAGCUGAAGACGCUGCAAGUCACCUUCGAUGAAAGUGUUCUGCUCAGCAACGUAAACGGGCCCCCACAACUGGCAGUGCCAGAAAAGCUUGCAGUAGCUCAGUCGCCAAUGACGACACCGUCUCCGUUGAAUACUCCCGAGAAGGCGCAGGCCAUAGUACCGGUAACUUCUCAGGCGGCUGGGGGAGCGGAGCAGGGCAAGGCCACAACGCUUGCGGUGGCAACCACUCAGACUUCUGCCAUGCUCGCGGAUAUGCUGCAACCACCUAUACCAACCGCCAGGCCGUCUCCGCAGGUGGUGAUAGACAUGCGCGAGUUUAACAGCAAGCUGCCCUUCCACCUCUACUACAAAGGAGUACAACUACUGCCGAUGAUGUUGGAGAUGGGGGACUACCUGCUGACAAGGGACAUUUGCGUCGAACGCAAAAGUCUCAGUGACCUUGUCAGUUCACUGGGAUCUGGAAGGCUUGCACAACAGGUUGGUUUAUUCGUACGUAACAAGCGCCCCAAAACCAAUCAGGCCGAGGAGCUGUGCAGCGUAUAUGACUUGCCGUUCCUCUUGUUGGAGUUCGACGAUGCCGAGUCGUUCCACCUGUCUCCCUGCAACGAACAAUCAACCGGAAUUAACUACAUAUACUCCAAGUUGUGCAUACUCUGCUGCAACUACCCCAAACUCAGGCUCAUCUGGAGCCAGAGCCCAGAGAGCUCUGCCGCUAUCUUCGUUGCCUUGAAAAGAGGUCGCGGAGAACCCGACGCAGCGACAAAUGAUAUGCUGAUAUCGCAGGCGCGUUGCGGGGCGAAAGAUGGUGAGGGAUCGGGGCAGGCCAUCGUUGAACGCCGCAGGCCGGAAGACGUCAACAACAGGGAUGCGCUCCGCAUCCUCCGCAAGAUACCCGGUGUAACCAGCUACAACGUGUCGGAGAUACUGUCGAGGGUGACGUCCCUAAGGCAUCUCAGCGAAAUGGAGGAGGCAGAUCUUUGCCAAUUCCUUCCAGAAGCUAAUUCACAUGCCAUAUACAACUUCUUCAACCAACGCCUCAGAACGGCCGUUAGCGACCCACUGCUUGUAAACGUUCAACAGAGUCAGGUGGUCACUUUCGGGGACCAUGAACUUCUCCCUGGUGGCGCCGUCCGCGGUUUCCCGCUGCGCAUCGGACUCAUUUUCAAUGACGAACACGUUGGGCGCAGACAUUACGGAUACCACGGUCAGAACCUCAGACAGGCACUGCUCUCUCUCGCCGGCGAUCAUCAUCUUGCCCAGGGGAGGUUCCAGCGGGUAAUGGACCAGCUUCCGGCCGGUGUCGGUGAGCUCCCCGAAUUCGUCUAUGCCGCCCAAAAUCCACAGCUGCAGCAUUGCGCUCAGGAUGUUCUCCAUGUGAGGAGGGUCGAUGAAGUCGAACUCGGUGAGGUUCUUCACCUUCAACGAUUUCAGCAGCAACACCACGUUGCAGAGGUUGGUCCUCCGGAUUUCGGGUACGUUGUUGUCGAACAGGUCGUUCAAAAACGUGCGCUCAGUGUACAGGCGGUAGCAAACGCCGGGCGCAGUCCUCCCCGCCCUACCGGCACGCUGGUUGGCGCCGGCCUGGCUCACGGGAGUUAUCUGCAGGCUGUCCAUACCCACCUUCGGGUUGUACACCUUCAGCUUGCAGAAGCCGCUGUCGAUCACGAAUUUGAUACCGUCCAACGUAAGGGAGGUUUCUGCGAUGUUGGUGGACACAAUCACCUUGCGAUAUGGGUACUUCUUGAAGACACGCUGCUGCAACUCGCUGGGCAGCUGGCUGUAUAUCGGGAGUACGCAGAACGGCUUCAUGAAGAUCAGAACGUCACCAGGGCCCUCGGAGAUAUGGAGCGACACGCACUUGUCGACUGCAGACUCCACGUAGUCGUUGCCCAUGGACCUCAUGUACUCGAUCCUGACGGGGAAUGUGCGGCCGGGGAUUUUAUAGAUCGGACAAUUGCCGAAGAACUUGGAGAACUUGUCACGACGACGGGCAACCACGGACUUCAAGAUACCAAACAGAACGUCGGUGUUCAGGCUGCGUUCGUGCGCCUCGUCCAUGAUAACGCAGCUGUAACGGUCCAGCUCGGGAUCCAUCAAAGUCUCACGCAGCAAGAUACCGUCCGUCAUAAACUUUACCGCCGUGUUUUUGCUCGUGAGGUCCUCGAAACGGAUCGAGUACCCGACGAGGUCGCCCACCCUAGAGCCCAUCUCGGAGGCUACACGCUGGCAAACGGAUACGGCGGCAACCCUACGCGGCUGGGUGCAGCCGAUGAUGCCUCGCUUCGAGUAGCCCGCCUCGUACAGAAACUGGGCCAGCUGCGUCGUCUUACCGGAACCCGUCUCUCCCACAACGACCAUCACCUGAAAUUCGCCAAUAUACGACAGCAGCUCCUCUCGGCACUUGAAAACAGGUAG